AUGGACGAAAUGCAAAAUCAUUUUUUCUUGAGUACUCUUUGCCCACCGACUGCUGUCACGCAUUCAGUUGUUUCACAAAUGACACAAACCCACAAAAUUUUAGUAGUGAGUAAAUUUAACAUCUUGGAGUUCUAUCAAAUCAACACUGAAGGUCUCCUCUUUUUGGUCUCCAAACGGUACCCUUCAAAAAUUGAGGUAUUACUCAAAUACAAGCCAGUAAAAGAUGAAGAUGAGUAUAUAAUUGUCGUUACUGCCUCUGUGCAAAUAGAUGUUAUCAAACUAACAACCAAUCUCCAUGUUGUGUCUUCUGGAUUUUUAUCCGACCCGUUUGGUCGUCUUUCGUUUUAUGGGAUGAAGGCGGUUGUCUCUCCGAACGGGCAGUACUUACUUCUACACAUCUACGAACAACUUAUAAAAUUCGUGAAGUUGCCCCAACGCCCUUCGGACAAGAUCUUUGCGACAAACUCGAAGAUCUCAAUCAAUCGGAUUAUCGACUUCUCGUUCUGCACAAUAGCUGACCAAGAGACUGUAGUCUUCUUACACGAAAAUUCUCGCGACACAAGACACGUCAACACUUAUAUUAUCGAUGACCAUCAGAACUUCGUGAAGAGUACUUUUAGUCAACCCAAUGUAGGAUCUUCAACACGUCUAGUCUUAGGGUUACCCAAUGGAGUGAAUGGAGUCUUAGUGAUCAGUGAUGAGACUGCCUGUUACUUUACAGGAACUGGGGACCAUGUCUUAGUUAAUGUAGGGAAGAAUAGAAUAACUACGACGACGUUUUUAAAUAAAGACAUGGUAAUAUUGACGGAUUCAAAUACCGGGUGCCAUUUACUUAAACUGAAAGUGUGUGUGGAGAAUUCUGUGAGUGAAAUUUUAUAUUCCGUUCUUCCAAGUACGGAGAGUGUUGCCCAAACAGUCUCCGUAAUUGGCGGAGAUAUCAUCUUCUUUGGGUCAAGUUCGGGGAAGAGUUACUUGAUGAGAGUGUCGGGGGAAAUCUUCGAGACGUGGGAGAACUGUGGGCCGAUCACUGAUUUGAAGAAGAUUGAAAACAAAGAGAAUUACGUCAUUAAUUGUAAUGGUGGAGGUCAAGAGUGUCUUGGUGUCAUCUUUAAAGGGAGUGGAGUGAAAGAACUUGGGUCCACUUCUCUUGAACAUGUGAGGAAGAUUCAUGUGUCGACGAAUGGAAGAAAAGAAGUUAUUUAUACCUCUGGAGAGACACAAAGAGUGUUUGAAGCAAGUUACACAAAGAGUGGAGUACAAAUUAAAGAACGUGAAACUUUUGAUUUGGACGAAGUAUAUGGGAGUGGCCAAAUUCUUGAGGACUUUUAUGUUGUGACAAAGUGUGGCGUAUUUGUAAGAAAAGAAGAGAAGUACACCCCAAUUUAUACAUCGAGAACACACCAACUGACGCACUGUAAAUUAACAAAGACGGCAAUUUAUUUCAUUGAAGAAUCCGUUGUGUAUCGAAUGGAUAAAAAUCGAGAGAUCUUUAAAUUGUGUGGAUUAACAGAGCAAGCGACUUGUAUUGACGUCGAUCAAAAAAUCGUCGUUGGGUUGUGGAGUUGUGAUGUAUUAAUUUUGAGUUUAACGGGGUGUAUAGAGAAAACACUGAAAAUGCGUGACAUCUCGCGGAGUGUGUUGCAACUUGCAAAUAAAUUAUACGUCGCUUUUGAUGAGAAACUCGAAGUGUAUGAAUUCAGUGGUCUUCCUGGUGUGAUUCCCGAACAAGUCGAAAAUACCGAAACCCUUUCUUUCCCAUCGAGUCAAUCAACUAAGUUGAAAUUAGUCCAUGACGUCAUAUUUGUGAUUAGUGACCAGGGGUACACACUUCAAUCAAGUGGUCUUGUCCCCCUUGCUGUAGAAGAUAUGACGGAUAUCUCAGAGACCCACAUUGGUACCAAUGGCGUUAUAAUAAGUACCACACGAGGGUUAGUCAUCGGCGAGUUAGAACCGCUCACCCGACUUUCUGUCAAGAAGAAAAGUAGUGGCGAACAGAAUGGGAGAAUUGGAGUGAGUGGUCUUCAUGGUAUUCUUGUUGGAAAGAAAGUCCAGUUAUUCAAUUUAAUAGAUGGCGCGUCGUACCCCAGCGAAUUUUUGUUGCUCUCGUGUGACGAAGAGAUUUGUAUGUGCGUGGAAACCAUUUCUGAACAUCUAUAUGUCAUCGGAACAGCUAUUAUAAAGGAAAAUGAAGUUGAACCAACAGUCGGUCGUCUGUUGGUCGCCGAGGAAGUUGAUGGCAAACUUGUUUUGAAGUGUACGCAUGAGUUUGAAGGAGCUGUGUAUGCUAUUAAGAAAUUCAAACAACACGUUUUGGCGUUGAUAAAUCGACACUUACACGUCAUGGAUAUCACCAACGAGUCUGUUCUUCCACGGAAUAUCAUCGAGUUGAAUAUGAUUGGGGUGUGUAUGGAGGUUCUUGGCGAUUACAUCAUCGUCGGUGACUUCAUGAAAUCCGUCACAGUCUUUGUGUGUAAAAGCGACGACCUGUCACAGACAGAAAAGGCUUGGACUGAUAUUGCCGUGUCCUGGGUGAAUGCGGUGGGGUGUAUUGAGAAUGGAGACUCCAAUAAGUUCGUUUCGUGUGACGUCGAUGGAAAUGUCAAAAUAUUUGUGAAAGGUGGAGAAGAGCGUUGGUAUAUCGAAGAUCUUUUGAAGUGUGUCGGUAAAAUUCAUGUGUGUGAGUGCAUCAACUUCGUUGAAAAAUCGUUGUACAAGGGGGUUACACUUGGCGGGGUCAGUGGUGCGUUGUACAACAUUUCUUGUCUGUCGGACAACGACUACCAAAUACUGAAAAAGGCACAAGAUAUGCUUGUUAAGGACAACUGGAGGCAGUUUGUUGGGACAAAGACAAAAGAGGUGAUGACCAACUUUAUUGACGGGGACAAGAUUGAAACAAUUUUGGAUUGGCCACUGGAACGCCAGACGUCGUUUUGCAAGAAAAUCGGUGUAGACCGCUCAACUUUUGUUGGCUGCAUAAAGAAGAUAUUUUCCGAUAUAUUUCAAUGA